AUGGCUGAUUCAGUUGCUCAAUCGGAUGGUGGAAAUGAUCAAGAAAAAUCCAAACGGAUUUUUAAAAUUAUUGUUAUUGGAAAAACUUGUUUAACGUUUCGAUUUUGUUCUGGUAAAUUUCCCGAAAAAUCAGAAGCAACUAUUGGCGUUGAUUUUCGAGAAAAAGCAGUGGAAAUUGACGAUGAAAUAUUAAAACUACAAAUAUGGGAUACAGCCGGUCAAGAACGAUUUCGUCGAUCAAUGAUCAAUCAUUAUUAUCGCAAUGUCCAUGCUAUAAUCUAUGUUUAUGAUGUUACAAAUUUAGCAACAUUUGAAAGUUUACCAUUGUGGAUUAAUGAGUGUGAUAAACAUGUGAUUGAUCCUGAAAUACCUCGAGUUUUGGUUGGAAAUAAAUGUGAUGUUGAUGAUGAACAAAUGGUUGUACAAACAUCUGUAGCUCAACGAUUUGCGGAUACGAACAAUAUGCCAUUAUUUGAAACAAGUGCAAAAGCAGAUGAACAUCAAGAUCAUGUGAACUCAAUAUUUUUAUUAUUAGCUCAUAAAUUAAAAUAUGCUAAACCAUUAAUGACACAACCAAAAUUAUAUUCACAAUCAUUAAUUUCCAUUGAUCGAACGAAUACUAAUAGACAAACAAAUACAACAAAUUCAAAUUUAUCUGAGAACGAUGGUGGUUAUUGCAUGUGUUAA